GGGCCUCCGCGGAUUAAAAGCCUGGAGCCACCGGCGCCUCCUCCCUCCCUCCACCUCCAGAGGAACUGACAUCAUCAUCAGCCGCUCGUCGGGAAUGAAUCAUCAUCACAGCAGAAGGGUGGAGGAGGAGGAGGAGGAGGAGGCGGGCGGGGUUAAGAGAUGCUGUCACUGAGACGAACACACACGAACACAAACGCACCCAGAGUCCGAGUCGCCGGGGAUUAUAACGCCGCUCGCGUUCUUCUCCUCCGCCAACACGAUGGAGGAAAUCCUGCGGAAACUGCACAAAGACGCGUCCGGACACAAGCACAAAGGAAUCCGCGACGCCUGCGUCUCCGCCCGCGAAACCCUGGCAUCUCCGAGCAGGUCGGCCAAAGUUUCAGCUUCUCAGCUCCGAGAGAUCUGUCUCCUUCCUCUUCAAAUGGCUCUGGAGUCUAAAAACAGCAGACUGGGACAGACGGCGCUCGCUGGGAUGCAGAAGCUGCUGUGUGAGGAGCGCUUUGUGGGCGGAGUUGGCGAGGAGGCGGAGCUUCGGGAGAAGCAGCUGGUCAGCAAGAUGUUGGAGGCCGUCAGGGUCACGCCCGCUCUGCAUGAGGACCUGCAGGUGGAGGUGAUGAAGGUCCUGCUGUGCAUCACCUACUCACCGAACUUUGACAUUAAUGGCGACUCCAUCCUGAGGAUCGCUGAGGUGUGUAUCGAGACCUACCUGUCCAGCUGUCACCAGCGCAGCAUCAACACGGCGGUGAGAGCGACGUUGAGUCAGAUUCUGGGCGACCUGGCGCUUCAGCUGCGGCACCGACAAGAGGGAGCAGACGGAGACGAGGCGACGCCGCUGCAGAGGAAAGAUGUCUCUCCCACCAGUCAGGCUCUGUGUGAAGAUGUGGUGACCGUCCUGACCGUUUUCUGUGAGAAGCUGGAGUCUGUCGACAGUGAGAACCAGCUGCUACAGCUGCUCUACCUCGAGUGUCUCCUCUCCAUGCUCAGCAGCUGUCCUCCCACAAUGCACCUGUCCAGAGGUUUUACCGACCUCGUGUGGAAGCAGCUCUGUCCGUCGCUCGUGGCGAUCAUGGGAAAUCCCGUCAACGACAAGACCAUCACUUCCCACCACGGCCACACGGGGGCAGUGGACCGGGACCGGCUCUCAGACAGACCCAGUCUGGGGAUCAAUCAGGACGCUGACUCCUGCGGCGGAGGCGUGUCCGAUCAGGGCCGGGGAUCCGGCUGCUCCUCCAGUGCCCCCGCCAGGAUCGCGCCGGUGGUGCGGACGGUGUGUUACAUCGCGGCAGAGCUGGUGCGUCUGGUCAGCUGCGUGGAGUCCAUGAAGCCGGUGCUGCAGUCGCUCUACCACAGGAUCCUGCUGUACCCGCCGCCGCAGCACCGCACCGAGGCCAUCCGCAUCAUGAAGGAGAUCCUGGGCAGCCCCCAGCGGCUGUACGACCUCGCCGGUCCGUGUGUAGCUGAACCCGAAACCAGGAAACGCUCCUUCUCAAAGAGGAAGUCGCACCUGGACCUGCUGAAGCUAGUGAUGGAUGGCAUGACGGAGGCGUGUGUGAAGGGAGGCAUCGAGGCGUGCUACUCCUCCGUCUCCUGUGCCUGCGCUCUCCUCGGGGCGCUGGACGAGCUGUCGCAGGGUCGAGGCCUCCAGCCGGAGCAGGCUCGGCUUCUCCUCAGGCGACUGGAUGACCUGAGGGAUGGGACGGAGUCGACGCGCGAGUCCGUGGAGAUCAACGAGGCCGACUUCAGGUGGCAGAGACACGUCCUGUCGUCCGAGCAGCCUGCGUGGGACCCCGCCUCCAACAUGGCCGCCAUGGGGGCCGCCGAGCGCAGCCCUGACAUAAGCAUCAGCAUCACCACAGAGACGGGACAGACCACCCUGGACCUGGAGGGGGAGGGGGAGGGGCUCGGCCUGGGCCAGGGACAUACUACUCCAGAGGAGUGCGGGGAGGACGCCGGCCUCCCCUCACUCUCACUCUGCGGCGGCCGGGAGGUGGCCAAGCGUGAAGAGAGGGCGGAGCCAGACCUGAGGAACCGUCAGGGGGAGGGGGGUGGAAGGGCAGGGGAGGUCGAGGGGAGGGGGGGGAGAGGAGGAGGAGGUGGGGGUGGGGGUGGGGGUGUGGUUCCUCCAGAUGUUGUCCAGAGGAGUCACGGCCUCGUUUACCCCGACAUCACCAACUUCCUGUCUGUGGAGUCCAGGACCAGGUCGCACCAUGUGGGAGGGUCCCGGUACAGCGAGAGCAACUUCAGUGUGGAGGAGCAGGACCUGUCGCGGACAGAGUUCGACUCCUGCGACCAGUACUCCAUGGCGGCGGAGAAAGACUCGGGCCGCUCGGACGUCUCCGACAUGGGCUCGGACAACGUCUCGCUGGCCGACGAGGAGCAGCAGACGCCCCGCGACUGCCCGGGCCACCGCUCGCUGCGCUCCGCCGCCCUGUCGCUCAAGCUGCUCCGCCACCAGGAGGCCGACCAGCAGAGCGCCCGGCUCUUCGUCCAGUCGCUGGCCACGCUGCUGCCGCGGCUGCUGGGGCUCGCCACCGCCGCGGAGGUGGACCUGACGCUGCAGAGCUUCUCCUCCAACUUCUGCAGCGGACUCCAGGCUGGUGGGAUCCACUCCCCGGGCUUCGAGACCGGCGACUCCCUGAGCUGUCAGUCUCUGAUGAACGCGGACGGCCUCUACCUGGUGUCGUACUACGCCCUGCUGCUCAACCUCAAGCUCUGCUGCUGCGACUACUACAGGCGCCGGACGCUGGCGCCCGCCCUCGGCCCGAAGGAGUUUGUCCGUCUGAUCCAGAGCAGCGGCGUCCUCGUGGUUCUGUCUCAGGUCUGGAUUGAGGAGCUCUACCACCAGGUGUUGGAGCGCAACCUGCUGGCGGAGGCUGGUUACUGGGGCUCGCCAGAGGAACACACACACACCCUGCCACUCAUCACCAUGCUGACAGAUAUCGACGGUCUGGGCAGCAGUGCAAUCGGCGGUCAACUGAUCAGACGUCCGUGCAGUCAGCUGCCAAUCAGAUGCGACAAGACCAGCAGCGACAGCGCGACGGCAGGAGCCGUGUUCUCACGCUUCAUCCUCACCGGCGUCUGGAGGAACCUGAUGGACGUGCUGUCGACGCCGCUGACGGGCCGCAUGGCGGGCAGCUCCCGGGGCCUGGCCUUCAUCCUGGGAGCAGAGGGGCUGAAGGAGCAGAGCCAGAGGGAGAGAGACGCCAUCUGCCUCAGUCUGGACGGCCUGAGGAAGGCGGCCGCGCUCAGCUGCGCCCUGGGUGUGGCAGCAAACUGUGCAUCAGCUUUAGCCCAGAUGGCGGCGGCUUCCUGUGUGCAGGAGGAGAAGGACGAGAAGGAGGUGGGAGAGACGGGAGACGCCAUCACACAAGUGAAGCAGCGUGUCGAGCAGCGUCUGGAGCAGAUGUCUCGUCCUCAGGGAGUUCGUCUCCACACGGCCCACGUGUUGUGUAUGGACGCCAUCCUGAACGUGGGACUGGAGAUGGGGAGCCACAACCACGACUGCUGGCCGCACGUCUUCAGGGUGACCGAGUACAUCAGUUCACUGGAGCACACCCACUUCAGCGACGGCUCCCCUCUGCCGUCGUCUCUGACCACCAUCACGCAGCAAAGCCAGCAGGCGGCUGCCGGCGUGGACCAGGGGCUGGAGCUGAGCUGCGAGCCCAGUCCCGAGGCCUCGGAGUUGGGCCUGAGCCAGCCGGUCAUCCAGCCUCUGUCCAUCCAGGAGCUGCUGAGGGAGAGCGGCCGGGCGGGAGGCCGCGGUCUGGACCUGAGGGGCGGGAGCCUGAUGACGGGGCACGGCGCCGCCACGGCCGUCUGCACGCUGUCGACGCAGGCGGACAGGUUGUUUGAAGAAGCUGCCACCAAACUCAACAUGGUGGGUUUGGUGUUCUUCCUGCAGCAGCUGAGAAAAGCGUCCCAGUCUCAACUGUUCGACUCCGUCACUGAGACGGGAGACUACUCACUGGCGAUGCCCGGCGAGGCCAAGUCGACGCUGGAGCACCGCAGCCUCCUGCUGUGCCGCCUGGGCGAGGCCAUGCUGCGGAUCGCCAGGAACAAGAACCGACCGCUGCUCCACAUGAUGAGGGCGUGGAGCGUGGUGGCGCCACACCUGGUGGAGGCGGCGUGCCACAAAGAGCGCCAUGUGUCCCAGAGGGCCGUCUCCUUCAUCCACGACGUCCUGCUGGAGGUGCUGACGAGCUGGGCGGAGCUUCCUCACUUCCACGUGAACGAGGCCCUGUUCCGCCCGCUGGAGCACGCCAUGCAGCUGGAGCUAUGCGACGAGGACGUGCAGGACCAGGUGGUCACGUCGAUCGGCGAGCUGGUGGAGAUGUGCUCGCCUCAGAUCCUGUCGGGCUGGAGGCCUCUGUUCAGCGCCCUGAGGACGGUGCACAGCAGCAAGACGGACACCAAGGACUACCUGCUGGGAGAGUACGCCAUGGGAAAGUCCCAGGCUCCGGUCUUCGAUGUCUUUGAAGCUUUCAUCAACACCGACAACAUCCAGGUUUUUGCGAACGCUGCCACCGACUACAUCAUGUGCCUGAUGAAGUUCGUCAAAGGUUUAGGGGAGGUGGACUAUAAGGAGAUCGGAGACUGCGUCCUCGUGUCGGGUCACAGCUCCACUGACCUCUGCCUCCCGGCGCUCGACUACCUCCGCAGAUGUUCGCAGCUGCUGGCCAAGAUCUACAGGAUGCCGUCCAAGCCCGUGUUCCUGGGGGCGAGGCUCGCCAGCCUGCCCAUGAGGUCACAGGAGCGCUCUGUCAGCAGCGAGGACGGGAUGGACUGCGUCCUCCAGGAGUUUGACGAUGACACAGGUCUGAUCCAGGUCUGGAUCCUGUUGCUGGAGCAGCUCACAGCUGCAGUUUCCAACUGUCCUCGACAGCACCAGCCCCCGACCCUGGAGCUGCUCUUCAGUCUGCUGAGAGAGGUCACCUCUGUACCAGGUCCGGGGUUCGCCAUCUUCUCCGUCAUCCAGCUGCUGCUUCCUGUGAUGUCACUGUGGCUGCAGCGUAGCCACGGCGACCACGCGUACUGGGACAUGGCAGCGGCAAACUUCAAACACGCCAUCGGCCUCUCGUGUGAGCUGGUGGUGGAGCACGUCAACAGCUUCAUACACUCGGACAUUGGCUACGAGUCCCAAAUCAACCUGAUGUUGAAGGACUUGUUCAAGCUGCUGGUUUCCUGUGUGUCGGAACCUGCGGAGACCAUCUCCAGAGUGGGCUGCUCUUGCAUCAGGUAUGUGCUGGUGACGGUUGGUCCCGUGUUCACGGAGGAGAUGUGGCGUCUGGCGUGCUGCGCUCUGCAGGACGCUUUCUCUGCAACGCUGGAACCGGUCAAGAACCUCCUGGCCUGUUUCCACAGCGGGUCGGACAGUUUUUCCGGCGACGCCUGCGAGGUGAAGGUGGCGGCUCCGUCCCACUCGCCCUCCGCCGAGGCCGAGUACUGGAGGAUCAAAGCUAUGGCUCAGCAGGUCUUCAUGUUGGACACUCAGUGUUCUCCGAAGACGCCCAGCAGUAAGGACGGCUUCGAGCACGCUCAGUCCUGCGUCCUCAUCAUCGAGAUGCCGUCCGACCAGCUGUCCAACGGACACGCUCAGAAGAGGAAAAUCGGGAUCCCGUUCCGGACCAUCGUGGUCAGCCUGCUGUCCCACCAGGUGCUGCUGCAGAACCUCUCCGACAUCCUGCUGGAGGAGUUCGUCAAGCAGCCCGAAGGUCACGAGCGGGUCACGCCUGUGACCUCUGACCCCGGCAGACCCACCGCGGGCUUCCUGCGCUACAUCUCCAUGACCAACCUCGCCAUAAUCCUGGACCUGCUGCUGGACUCCUACAGGACGGCGCGCGACUUCGACACCCGCCCGGGGCUGAAGUACCUGCUGAUGAAGGUGUCGGGCGUCUGCGGGGCGGCGAACCUCUACCGUCAGUCGGCCAUGAGCUUCAACCUGUACUUCCAGGCUCUGCUGAGCGCCACCCUGAGUCAGGCCGACGGCAUGACGGCUCAGCAGGUGAAGAGGAUCCUGUACGAGGAAGAGGAGCACAGCUCUGACUCCUCCCACCCCGGAUCGGCCUCGUCAGAGGACGAAGACAUCUUUGAAGAAACGGCUCAGGUCAGUCCCCCUCGCGGACGGGACAAGCGUCACCAGUGGCGAGCGCCCAUCCCGUCGCUCAGCGUGCAGCCGCUGGGCGGCGGCGACUGGGCAUGGCUGGUGAAACGGCUCUACAAGUUGUGCAUGGAUCUGUGCAACAGCUACAUCCAGAUGCACCGGGACCUGGAGAGCACGCUGGAGGAGGCGGCGCUGCUCCGAGGAGGAGGAGGAGGAGGAGGAGGAGGAGGGGAUCACAUCUUCCUCCUGCCUCUCUUCCAAUCAGAGACCUCCACCCCGACGUCAGUGGGCGGGCUUUCGGCGAGGGGGACGCCUUCGGAGGAUGGCGGGUACAGGUGUCAGGUGGCGGAUGUGAGCGCAGCAUCGCCAGGAGACACGCCCACACCGAGUCCGGGACUCAGCUGCACAGGAAGUCUGCCGCGCAGGGACUCCGGUGCCACGGCGAGCUCGGGAGGCGGAGCUCCAGGCAGCGUCGGGACGGGAAGGAGAAAGGAAUGGUGGGAAAGUGCCGGGAACAAGCUGUACACCAUCGCCACCGACAAAACCAUCAGCAAACUGAUGCUGGAGUACAAACGCAGGAAGCAGCAGCAGCCGCCGCCGCAGAGCCACGUCAACCUGUUCAUGAAAGAGCAGGGCCGGGCAGGCUCCGCCGCAGGGGGAGGGAUCGUCGGCGAGCCGCAGAGGCCCCCGCAGAGGCCACAGCAGUUGGUGGACCAGCAGGGGCCACCACUGAGGCACUCGGUGAGCGCCGGACCCGAGGUCCUGAGGCAGGAGAAGAGACCGAGGUCCGGAUCCACCAUCAGCUCCCACAGCAUCUCACUGAGAGACUCCGAGGCCCAGAUACAGGCGUGGACCAACAUGGUCUUGACUCUCCUCAACCAGACGCUCCUGCUGACGGACGCCUCCUUCCUGGCGCUGCAGCCGGCGCUCUACCCGUGCCUCAGCCAGUUGUCCUGCCACGUCACCGACGCCCGGGUCCGCCAGGCGCUGCGCGAGUGGCUGGGCCGCGUGGGCCGACUCUAUGACAUCAUACUGUGACGCUGCGGCGAUGCAGACGGUUGGUCGGUCGGUGAAGGACGUAAACAGGAAAUGGAGUCGCAGUCUGACGUUGUUUCACGCCAUCUUGUGGCGGCGUCACUGCGACGUCAUCUGACUGGUGAAAAGACGAUUGGUCGUGAUGAAUCUGAUUGACAGCCUCUGGACGACACGGGCAGACGUCAUGUGACAUGAGGGUCAACGAUCUGAUUGGCUGAUGGUUUGUGAAUGAUAUAAAAUAUGAUUAAUUUAGUUUCCCCCCUCAUGUGGACAUACAUGUGCAGUGUAACAUGGGAACUGUAGUUCACCUGCACACGGGUUGUUUUCAGUUUCCACAUCGUAAAGAAACGUCGCAGCUCCUUCCGCCUUUUGUCCGCCGCUCGUUUUGCCGCGUACAUUCCUGCUCAUGGUCAUUUAGCGACGUGUCCUGGCCUCUGACCUGCUGUGAUGAUGAUGAUGAUGAUGAGGAGAAACCUGUGAGUCCUGUCACACGACCUCUGACCCCCGCGUCCCAGACAUCUACUGUACGCACGCCAAAGAGAAAAAGUCCCGUCUGAACCUGCACUCAGAGUCAGAGUGAGACCUCGUCACGUUCUGAUGGAGACUGUCGAGGAUCUCUGAUCGGAUCUGUUUGUGAAUGUUUCUGUAGAAACUUGAACUUCUGUCUCGUUUUAUUUAAACCAAACUGUUUGUUUGUUCUGCUGUAAAUUCUGUGUUUGUAUAAUUUGCUUCUAAUUUUUAAUAUUUCAUGUGUUUCAUUUCCAUAGUUUCUCUGAUACGAGCAGGUCACUGACAGACUCCUGUUUAAACUACAGACUGUAUAAUAUCUCCGAUAUUCAGGCGCAGCCAUUUUGUGCUCUUUUUUUACUUUAGUCCAUAUGUCCCAACUGCUUACAUGGUGGGGGCGGAGCUUAUGACCUGUACUGCAGCCAGACACCGGGGGGGGGAAUCAUGAUGAUCUUUAUUUAAAGUCUGUGGUUUAUUUGUUUGUGAGUUUCAGCUGCUUCUUGUUCUGUAACCAAAACAGCUUUGACACGUGAAGACAAUUGAUUCAAUUUAUGUGAUUAUUGAUUAUCAGCUUCUGAUCAGUUGAUUAAAAUGCUUCAACGUGCUGACGAAC